CAGGAAAUAAGUGUGCAAGAGUAGUUCAGCCACACCCCAACCCAGCGACACCACAAUCUGGUAAUAAAGCAACCCGCUAGAGAAUCAGGGAGCAAAUAGUCAUCUCAACAGAGUCAUACCUUGCUUACCCAUUUACACCAUGGCAUCCACCUUCCUUGCAACAAUGAGCCUGCUCAUCACUCAAAUGGUGUCCGCUUCCAGCACCGCCGCCGCCGCCAUACCUUCCCCGCAGACAGUGCAGGAGAUGCAGCAGGCGCGCUACUUCACCUUUGUCAUGCUUGUCAGGAUGGCGCAGGAGAAUAUACCGCGCAACACCACCUUCCUGAUUCCCAGCGACAGGCUGAUGUCCACAGCAUCAAUCUCCCAGAGCCAGGUGCUAGAGUUCUUGUCCAGGCAUUCCAUCGCGGCGCCUCUGAAGUUCAAUGAUCUCAUAAGGCUUCCCAACGGAACUGUAGUUCCCACAAGCCACUGAGGAGACACAAUCACAGUGACCAGCAGCAGGCAUCAGAAGCUCUACUUCAACGGCAUCGA